AAGCUCACUCUUUUGCUUUGCAUUUGCUCAAUUUUCUCUUUUUAGAUCUUUCUCUUUUCUGGGUUCCAUUUUGUUGAUGGAUCUUUUUACAGCUCUUAAAGUUGCCGAUCAACAGGUCUGUGGCAUCGUUUUUGGGUUAAGUUAACCACAGAAUGAACGGUCUUUAUAGAAGGGAAUCAAAGAUUUUCUUGACAACUAGUUGAGGCUGAUCAUUGGUUUGUCUAUGCUGCCUAUUGUAAUACAUAAUAUGGGCUCACUCUGCAGUAAACAGCGUCGUUACAAAGAAGCAGAUGCUGAGGAGAGUGCACAGAAAUUGAAAGGCGAAUUGAACAAGAAACAAAGGCUGAAAAGCAUAUCCAGAAACUCCUACUUCUUGGUACUCACAAUUCCAUGUUGCCUCUAAUUGCAAUAAUUGUUUGACAACUAUAAGUUAGCAGUUUGCUAAGGUUGCAGACCUGAACUGAAAUGGUUAACAGCACUGGCAAAGUGGGGCACUGUUCAUGAUUCUGUGGAGGAGUUUCUUCUCACAUUUAAAGGAACAAUAAUUAUGAAUUCAAUCAUUUUUACUUGAUUUUUUAUUGGAUAGUGCUUGCGCAAUUUAUUGGAUAGUGCGCAAUGUUAACUGAGGAAUGAAACAUGAAUUCAUUGGUUGGAUUGGAGGAAACUAUUUUUUGCUUGUCUUUUAAUUUCCAUAUUGUAGGGCAGCGGAUAGAGAUAAUACGAGGUUAAUUGAUGUUCUUAAAUUCUUUUUACUGCUCUCCUUCAGUUUACUUCUUGUGUGCUUCUGCCUUCACUGAUAAUAAUCCCAAUUUACUGUCAGUUUAAUAACUUACAAAUACAUAGUUUCCAUUUUGUGAUUCUUGAUGACAACUUAAAGGGCUUGUGAUUGUGGAUGUAAGCCUGCACAUUCAAGUUUAGAAUUUUUACUCCUAAAACUUCAGUUCUACCUAUUUGGAAUUUAGUAUUAUGGUGCUUGUAUACUGCUUUCUUUAUUUUUUCUUUUGAGCAGCUCUUUCAAACAGUCGAUGUCUUUUCCAUUCCCAUUUCCUAUUUAUCUUGGUUUUUCAUUUUUCGGUUGUUUUAACAUGCCGUGUUCAACCUUCCAUGAUCAAGGAGCUGGAGACUCUGGGAAGUCCACAAUAUUUAAGCAGAUAAAACUUUUGUUUCAAAGUGGCUUUGAUGAGUCUGAAUUGAAGAGCUACAUACCAGUCAUCCAUGCCAAUGUCUAUCAGGCAAUAAAAAUAUUGCACGAUGGAUCGAAGGAAUUGGCCCAAAAUGAAACAGAUCCCUCAAAAGUUCUGUGUCAAGAGGAUUUGCUGUUAAAAUAUAUUCUCAUUGUGCACCAGGACAUUGGAGAGAAGUUUUCAGAAAUUGGAGGCAGGUUAAAUUAUCCAUGUCUUACCAGAGAUCUUGCACAGGAGAUUGAAACUUUAUGGAAAGAUGCUGCAAUUCAGGAAACAUAUGCCCGGGGUAAUGAGCUUCAAGUUCCAGACUGUGCCCAUUAUUUCAUGGAAAAUUUGCAAAGAUUGUCUGACGCAAAUUAUAUUCCAACUAAGGAAGAUAUUCUAUAUGCAAGAGUUCGUACAACUGGUGUUGUAGAGAUCCAGUUCAGCCCUGUUGGAGAGAACAAGAAAAGCGGUGAAGUUUAUAGACUUUUUGAUGUUGGUGGCCAGAGAAAUGAGAGGCGGAAAUGGAUCCAUCUGUUUGAAGGAGUUACAGCUGUAAUUUUUUGUGCUGCUAUUAGCGAGUAUGAUCAGACACUUUUUGAGGAUGAAAACAAGAAUCGUAUGGUAGAGACUAAGGAGCUUUUUGAAUGGGUCCUGAAGCAGCCAUGUUUUGAGAAAACAUCCUUUAUGCUGUUUCUCAACAAAUUUGAUAUAUUUGAAAAGAAGGUUCUAAAAGUGCCAUUGAGCGUAUGCGAGUGGUUCAAGGAUUAUCAGCCAGUUUCAACUGGAAAACAAGAGAUCGAGCAUGCAUACGAAUUUGUCAAGAAGAAGUUUGAAGAGCUGUAUUAUCAAAGCACAACCCCAGAUCGUGUGGAUCGAGUGUUUAAAACAUAUAGAACCACUGCCCUUGAUCAGAAACUUGUGAAGAAAACUUUCAAGCUUGUAGAUGAGACGUUAAGACGAAGAAAUCUCUUGGAAGCUGGCUUGUUGUGACCAAGAAGGAUGAUUUACUUCAAAAUGAAUGUUCAUAGUUGGAAGAAAUCAAAUAUUUUGAAAAUGAAAAGUUGGAAGAAACUGAAACAACCUCCAUCCGAUGACUGCUGGCAUCAGGAUUUUGCAGGCUAAAAAUUUUGAAUGUUCAUUUGGUUUUUACACACUUGGCAAGAAAAAUACUUUUCCCCCAUGAUUUUCUUUGACUGGUGAAUUGUCUUUACUCUUGGCUAAAAGGUUCCCCAGAGUAUCUGUUUACUUGCCGUUUCUGUUUUCUUCCUGAGUGGGGAUUGAAUAGAACAUAUCAAAGUAACCUCAUUUAUAUUCUUUCUA